CCCCGGCGCGGCGGGACAGGCCCCCGAGCACCCUCGACGGGCCGAGCAAUCGUCUGCGCCGCCAAUGCUCUCCCUCUCCCGGCUACUCGCGCUACUCCUAGUGACGCUGGCUGUCGUGCUCUUCUUCUACCCGUGGCUCGUUCUCGUGCUGCUCGCUGCCUGCGGGCUGCUCUGGGUCGGCUGGGAGUGGGUCGAGCUCGCCGUGCGCUUGUACGUGACGCUGCGGCUGCCUCGCGUGCUGGGCGUCGAGUACAUUGCGCUCGAACGCCUCUCGUUCCGCCGCCACGGCCUGCAGGUGCGCGGCCUCGAGGUGGGCAACUCGCCCGGCGUGUGGCAGGCGCCUUACGCGCUGCGGGUGGAGCGCUUCGCCUUCUCGACCGGCGGCCUGUUUGGAUGGGCGUCCCUCUCCGGCCUGAACCGCUACCUGGGCGGCUCGGUCGUCUUUGGCUUCCGCACGCGCGACAUCGAGACCUUCGAGCUCGAGGAGGCGUCUCUCUUUCUCGAGGCGGCUCGGGACGCGCGCUCCGGCGACGGAGCAAGGGGAGGGUCCACACCCGCGCGAGGCGCAAAGGCGGCGGGCGAGGCGGGGAGGAACGGCUCGCCCCUCCCAACCCUCGCCUACCAGCCCAGUGCCGCAGCAGCCUCCCCCAUCGCCGCCGGCAACGCCGCCCCCGGCGCCGCCGCCGGCAGCGCCGUCGCCCCUACCGCAGCCGGCGGCUGCUGCAGCGGCGGUGCGGAAGACGCGGCGGGGGUGUCGGCGGCGGCAGCGAGCGGUGCGUCGGCGGCGGGCGAAAGCGGCGACGCGUCUCCCGCGCCGGUGCCCGUCAACGCUCCUUGGGUGGACACGCUCUGGUCGAUGGCGCAGGCAAGCAGCGCCGGUCUCGGAUGGUCUCGGAUCCACAUCUCGGCACAUCUCGGCACAUCUCGGCUCCGGUCGGUGGCGCAGGCGAAGCGGAGCAGGCUGCUGCGGGCCAAGCGCGGGCGGCGCGAGUUUGCGCGCGCCGAGCUCCGCGAGUGGCAGAUGCGGUGGUCGGGCGGGCCUGGCCCCUCGGGCGGCUCGGUGGAGGCGGAGUUGGCGGGCGGAGGCGGAGGCGGGGGUGGGGGCGGAGGCGGCGGUGGAGGCGGCGGAGGCGGAGGCGGCGGAGGCUGCGGCAGCAGCGGUGGUGGAGGCAGCGCAAACGGCGGAUGCGCCAGCGGCGCGAGCGGCAGCGGCGGCGCGGGCGGCGGCGGUGGCGGGGGAGGCGAGAGGGCGGAGGAGGGCGGGGAGGGCGAGGGCGAGGAGGCGGAGAGCGACGAAGAGGAGGGGGACAAGGCAGAGGCGCUGGGUGAGGCGUCGCCGCUGCACGCGCCUGGCUCGCAGAUCGUCGGCGCGAUCCGCGAGCGCAUGCAGGCCAGCGCCCGGCGGCGGGGGGCGAGGGGGGGAGGGGCGGGCUUCCCCGGGGACCCUUGGGACCCUCGGGCCGCGCAAAAGAUGCGCAAGACGGGCAAGGCACAAGAGGCGCAGAGCAUCGCGUCGGAGCGACGAUUCGCCGAGGCAACUCGUUACCGCGUCGGCCGGCUGCUGCUGCGGCAGGUGCACGUCUCGAUCAAGGGGUACGCGCUGUCGCUCGGCGAGGCUCCCUUCCUCGUGCGCGGCUUCCUAGGCACAGAGGAGGAGCUGAGGCAGCGCGUGCUCUUCGGGGGGCGCGGCGCGACCGGCGCGCAGCAGCCGGGCCUCCCUCCGCCCCUCUGCGGCUGGGGAGGCGUUGUCGUUCACACUCUGACUCUGCGAGCAGGCGUGCAGCACCCGGGGCUUCUCUCGCGGCUGCUGCAAGACUCGUCACGCGACCCGGUGGCCCGCGGCGCGCUCGAGCGGCAGCUCAAAUCGCGCAUCGGCUCCGGCUUCAGCUCGCGCGUGGAAGGCCUCGGAGAGCGCCUCUCCGCCCUCCGCGACGCGCUGCAUUCCCUCUCCCUCCGCCUCGGCCGGCAGCGGAGGUCGCCGCAGCCGGCCGCCCCCCGGCCGCCCACGCCGGCGGCGGCGAUGGACUCCGCUGAGCCGUGGGGCGCGGAGCGGCGCGUCAAGGGGGCGGCGGUGCUCGGCGACCCGUGGACCCGGAUGGGCGGGAUGCGGCACCGCGGCGUGCCUAGCCGCGAGGCUGGCGCCACGUCGCAGUUGCAGCCGGUGCUCUCCCCAGAGUUGCCUGUCGAGGCUGCGACGGCGGCCGCCCCCACGCCGAGAAGCAAGCUGUGGGCUGCCCCCGCCGCCGCACCGCCGUCCUCGGCGCCGGGCUGCUCGGCCAGCCCUGCGAGCGGCGCCCGGCGCAGGAGCGGGGACGAGGCUCGCUGCCCCUCGGCGCCGCUGCAGCGGAGUCCGUCCAAGAGCGAGCUGCUCGACUCGUCGCCGGGCGAGGUCGACUAUGCUACCUGCUCCGCGCCCCCGCGCCGCGCGCCCAGCCGCGAGCCGCCGCCGGCUGGCGUGCCGCUUCUCCGCGCGGCGGCGAGCGCCCCGCGGCCGGGCAGCGCGCCCGCGGUGCCGCUCUUCGCCCCCGCGGCGUCGUUCGAGGGCUUGGCCGAGCUCUGGAACAAGCUCAAGCCCGGAAAGGAGCAGCCGCCGGCGCCGGCGCCGAUGGCGGCGCUGGUGGACGAUGGCCAGGAGGAGGAGGAGGAGGAGCAAGCCGCCCCGCCGCGCAAGUCGCGGUCGCGGUCCGAGGACUUGCGGCGCCCGUGCGCCAGCCUCGACGCCGCCUCGCUCGCCUGGGGCGGCGCGCUCUGAUGUGGUCCGGGCCGGCUCGAUUGCCGUGGACGCUGAUGGGUCGCUGGGUGGCUCUCGACGAGUGUUUGUCGUCGGAGCCGAUUUGAACCGAUGAUUCUGGGUGCCACAAUCUGUGUGACUCUGUUAGUGGGAUUGGGAGAGAAUGAAUGCAGUCUUUGUCGCGACGUGUUCAGUGCGAGAUGAAGAGGGGGGAGAGGGGGGCGGGGGGGGGGUUGUAGAGCCCAGUAUGGCCGCCCGGGCCGCGCCGCGGUGAGUUGUGUGGACUUGAGCCGUGGGGGCAAAAGCCGCAAUAACGUAACACUACGACGAGAUGUGA